AUAAUUAAAAUAUUAAAAUUAACACUAAAUUUCAGAUUUCACACCUCAUCAUAUUCUCCAUAUGUUUCUACACAACAACGGCAGCUGUAUUACCCGCAACCACUUCUAUGGACCUGAUAGACGAUAACGAAAGAUAUCCAUCAAAGCCAAGUGAAAUUUUGCCCAUACAACCCGUUCUAGUAUAUCCACCAUCAACCAAAGAAAAAAUGCCCAACCAAGCAAGAGCCAUGUUCAGAGAUAAUGAAAUAAUCUAUAUUAAAUUAUUAAAACGCAAAAGUUAUCGCCCGAAGAAAUUUAAAAACCAAAUCGAUGAAAAGAAUGCACCAAAAGAAAUAAAAAUGAAGGAUAUAUUCUAUGUUAAAGCCUUGACCAAUGGUCAGUUUAGUCAUAAUCGUCUUAAAUUGUAUCGUUUACCCGAAUUUUAUGCAAUAACUGUAUACAAAAAGGCUCAUCUCAAAAAUUAAUCAAAUUAAAUACAUACUUUAUUUAAAUUUAUUGUUAAAAAUGUUUGUGAUUGAUUUUCUAUGAACUAUUUAAUAUAAUUUAUUCAUACGUAGUUUAUUGUAUUGUAUUUUUUUUAAUUAGUAUUUAAGUAAGUUAAUAAUAAUUACUAAAUAAACAUUAAAAAUAUGUGUAGAAAUAAAA